AUGGCCUCAGGAGUGUUUGGUACCCCCAUUUCGGAGAAGACGGUGAUAGCCACUGGUGAGUAUAAGGAACCCAUUACUCAAAAGGAUGUUGCAGACUAUGCCAUGAAGAUGAUCAACGCCGGUGGUAAGGAUAUUAACGCACUAACCUUCGUCGACAAUCUCAAAGAGCGGUACGGUAACGGAAUAGCUGUAAAAUGCCUCAUCUACAAUGCCACUGGUGCCACUUUGAGCUUGGCUAAGUACAACGAUUGGCACGGCCAUAUCUAUGAUACACCCUACCCAUCAGAUAUUCAGAAUGGGCAAUGGGGUGCAUUCCUCCACGUCCACCCAAGUGGUGCUGCGGUUGGUUCAGCUGGUGCCGUUGUGUAUCGUACCAAGAUCCCCUCCAGCAGCAGGUCCUGCGAUUGGUUGUUCUCCUGGACCGCCCCCUACAUUGGUGACAACGGGGUGUACACCGAAAUCCGUGAGGAAGGACACUACCCAAGUGUGGGAAGCUGGGGUUAUAUCUAUGGUGUGAAGCUUGCAAAUUCAAAUCUCAACUCUACUGAUGAAAACUAUGGAUAUGUUUCCAAGACUAAUAUCGGUGAAGGCUCUACCAUGAACGCCCGUGGAGUUUUCCAGUAUCCCUACUAGAUCUCGUUAUCAACAUCAAAGGCUUGUGUGGCGAAGACGUUGCGGUGUAUUUCCUAAGAUCCGGUGUUCAAACUAUGGAUAUGUUUCGUCUACUAUCUUUGUGGUGCAUUUCCUUAGAUCGGGUGCUUAUGAAUAAUCAAGGAAGAAGACAAUAAAUGAGAUAUCAUGUGUAAUUUUAUAUUAUUUACAAGUCGUUUGUGCCAAGCUAUCCCUCUUUUGUACCCACUACUGUUAUCCCUAAUAAAUAUCAAAUUUAUGAUA